AUGUCCAGGACCAAGCGUCCUUCUCUAAUCCUUCAGGGCAAAAUGCCAGUUAAUGCAGAAUAUUAUAAGAAGUUUUCAUCAAACUGUGAAGCAAUCUUGUUGAAUAUUUCACUAUUUAUUGGCCUUACGCAUAUCGUGUUUUUGUCUCUCUUUCACCUAAUGUUCCCAGAGUCUGACAGUACCAAGUGGGACCAGAUAAAGUUAUCCCAUGCCGGCAAAAAGAUAACGAUUUGUGGUCCGGUAGAAUCAAAAAGUCGCCCCCCUAAAAUUAGCAUCCAGACUGUCCAGACUGUCCGAUAUACAACCAUGUGUAUUUAUAUGCUUAGAAAGGUCAAGAAAGACCGUUUGCUAAGCAAGAAGAUCGAUUGUAAUCAACAAGACCGCAACAAUGACAAUGCUUAA